AUGACAAUCAAAGAAUCAUCACCAUCUAUGAUGCUUCUUGAUAAAUCUAUUGAUCAAUCAACAACACAUUUAAUAACUCAUUCAUUAAAUGAAAAUUCACCACUUGUUUGUCCAUUAACAUUAAAAGUUAUUCAAGCAACAGCUUAUCAUUUACCAGUAAUUAGUGAUCCAACAUAUGGUUAUCAUGAUGGUUUUCUUCGUUCACGUAUUCCUCGUUCUGAAGGACUUGUUCAAGGAAUUAUAUUUCGUUUAGAAUGUCCAGAACAAUUAUAUGCUGAUUUACUUAAUUUUCAUGUUAAUGAAGAUGAUGAAUCGAUUCUGGAUGAUGAUCUUGAACAAAAAAUUCAUCAAUUACUUGAACAACUUGAUGAAAUAGAACCAUUAUCUGAUGAAAAAGGCGAAAAUGGUGAAUCAUUAUCCUAAUUAGUACUAACAACUCGUUGUUAUUCAGUACGAUUUCAUUCUAUUUGUCUUCUAAUUAAACUUAGUCAAGUAACACCUGUGUUACCAUUUUUAUUUGAAAUGUUUGAUAUAACUAAUUUCAAUAAACGUUAUAAAACAGCAAGUCUCACAGCACAAUAUAUUAAUUUUGAUAGAUCAUUAAAAUAA